AUGCCGGGAACCAUUGGUGGCAGCAAGCCAAGAGUCACAACUCCCAAGGUUUUCUAAAAUAAAAUUAUCGAGAAAUAAUAACUCCUGAGUUUCAGGUCGUCGAGUUCAUCCACUUGUUGAAAAGAGCUAAUCCUGGCAUUUUCGCCUGGGAAAUCAGGGAGAAACUUGUAGGAGCCGUUUUUGUAAAACAUAUUGAUAAAUAUCAAUUUUUAAGGUAGUGAAUGCAAUUUGCGAUAGAGCGAACGUUCCGUCGGUCAGCAGUAUCAGUAGAAUUUUGCGUCACAAACACGGUUGGUUGGAAUUAAUUUAUGGAAUUCUUAUUUUCAAGUCCUCUCUUUGAAAUAGUAACAAUAAGGUUGGUAAUUGGAAGGGGAAGGUAUUGCAAAAAAAGUUUCAAAAUUUUGUCUGAAUUUGCUGUCUAGAGAGAAGUAUCAAAAAAAAAAAAUCCAAGUCAUCAAGUUUCAAGCCUUAUUAAAGGAACAGCGAAGUUGCAAUAAAAUAGGGCCUUGUGAAGCUUUUUUAAACGACUCAAAAACAGUUUCAAAAAAGGAAAAAUGUUGAAUAAUAUUUUUCGAAAUCUAUUAAACGCGCAGAGAGGAAUCAAAUUUCAAUAAAACUCCACCUUCACUUUUUAAAAGUUCCAAAAAGUUGUUUUCUGUAAAUGUAUUCGACCUCAAUUUAAAUUCAAAACAAGAUGGGGAACUGAAAAAUCAUGAUUCGCUAGUGAUAAAGCAUGGAGUCUAGAAAGAAAGGGAUUUCUGAGUCUCUAUCUCACCAGUGCUCUCUCGUAUGCAAAGCUUUCGAGCCUAUGUUGUCAAAUCUACCUCUAAAUGCGCAGUGAUUAUUUAAAAGUAAUACUUUCGCAACUUUCAGCUCAACCAAUCAAUCCCACGGCUGUCUACUGCAACGGCUGGACCGGCAAUACUUCCGGCUAUUCUCCGCCUCUUCCCGACAUUAUCCCUGACCCGAAACCACCAUUCCCGCAACACAAACUUCCUACAGAAGCUGUUCAUUUUGUUGGCGAUUUUCCAGGUUUUCAUCCCCCUUUCCAGAAUUCGAUGAGUUUGCAUUGA